AUGCUUGCCGCGACGUCGUUCGGGUGGGUGGCGAAGCAGAUUGACAUGCUGACGAGCGAGAAGGGCCGUAGUGGGGUGAGCAUCGAGAACAUCAAGACAAAGGGGCUGAGGGCUUUGCAAGACAACAUGGUGGAGUACAUCUGCAAGCGCAUCGCCGAAAAACGCUCUGCGGCGCCGACUUCACAAGCCGUCAGCCUCGCCGACGGCGCGGAAAGACAGACGGCGCCCCAAGCAGCAGUUGCCGCCCAGCAUCAGGGGACCGCGAGGGUGUCUGCGGAAGGAGGAAACGGUGGUGGAGGAGGCGACGCUGCGGCAGAGGAAGCAUCUGGUCGGCAGGGUCCUGAACUAGACGACGUCGAGGAGCUGCGACGGGAGAACUGGUUGUUGAGGGCGGAGAACGCUCGGCUGGCAGCGUUGCUCGAUGAGGAGAAGGCUCGGUUGGAUAGGUUUUUUGUUGGGGUACGUGGACUCUUCGACAAGGUGAAUGAGUUGGCCGACCAGGUCGCCGACUCCGACCAGACUGCGGCGGAACGGCUGCGCAACGCGACGUCGGCCAUGUCGACGACCAUCACGGGCAACAUCACCGGCAGCUUCGACGAAGCGUGGAAAUUGAUGAAGACCUUCGCGGAACAGGCGUCGGCGUGGUUGUUGGACUUCGACAAUCCGGAGGGAAAGAUGGCAUAUGCACGCGCCGAGGCGGUCUCCGUCUUGGCCGAACAUGUCGAUACGGUGGUGGGCGAUGCAAAGAGGGGUUUGGAGGAGUACAUCUCGAACCACCUAGCCUCCGCGCAGGUCAACAUCGCCACCGCUGUGACUCACAAGCUCGCCGUGCAGCCGCCGCCACCGCCUCAGCCCACGCCGCCCGCCCCAACGCCCGCCUUACCGGAGGAGCUCUUGAAGUCGUUCAAGGCAGACAUCUCGAAGGCGGUGAAGGAGGCCACCCAACAGUCGUUCCUAGCUUCCGGGAUGAAGAUCAUGACCGAGAUGAUCGGCACUGUGGCUCCUGGUCGACGUGGGUCGUCGCAGUCGGCCAAUGACGCCGAUCACGGAGCGGACGGGAGCCGCGGUCCAAGCGCGUUGCCGUCGGCCAAUGACGCCGAUCAAGCGCAACGGAGGGAGGCCGACAAGCAGGGCCAGAAGAGGACGAGCGGCAGAGACGGUUCGGUGAGCGUAAAGCGGAGCAAGGGAGCGGACGGGAGCCGCGGUCCAGGCGGCUCGAAGCCUGCUGCACAGAGCGUGGUCGACCAGCUGAAGAUGAAGGCGGGGUGGAAGGUGAUAAGGUCGUCGCACAGCAAGGGAGAUGGGAGUGGGGGGGCAGAGGGUGGCACUGCCGACGAGGCGAGCGGUGGGAAAGGCGUGCGCGACAAGGAGAUACCAACCUCUCAGACGGCGAAAGAUGGCGGCGCCAGAACCGCCAAGGGACCGUCCGUCGCGGUGGCGGGGUCCACGUCGAUUCCCCGUAACCCCCCCGCGGCUACCACCGCGCCGGCCGGCCAAUCAGGCGCCAACAACGAUGGGCCGGCCAUUGCGGCCCCUCCAGCUCCAGCAGCCCCAUCUGCCGCCAAGGGCGACGCGAAGGCUCCUGUGGCUAAGCGCGAUGGUCCGUCAGCAGCUAUGGUGCCCGCCGGUGGUAACGCGCUCAGGGAGUUGCUCCACCGCAUGGAGACACAUCGCAUGGACGUGCAGCAGCCUCCCGUGGUCGACGCCGGCCUUGCCAAAACAGCACGUCGCUCUGUCACCCCGCAGGUUGCCGGCACAUCGACCGGUGCCCCACCUGCCGCGCCUCAGGUCGCCGCCCGACCGCUUGCGGACCCAAAGUCUGCGUUUCUCCGCGCCCAGUUAGGCGCACACAAAGCGGUAGCUCCACCAGUGACUCAGCCGGAAACCGGUAAAAGCGCGACGCCGACGUCAGUAAACGCGGCCGCACCCACACCCGGUGCAGCUGUGGUCGAUGUGGCGGCGGAUAAGGGUGUGCGUGCAGCGCUAGCCACCGGCGGCCGAGCCGACAGGCACGCCGACAUCGCUGUCAUCCAGGCCCAUUUCGAGGCUGCAAAACGCCCCGAGCACGCCCCUGCUCUGGCCAUCAUGGACACGGCGCAUGUGGAGCCGUCGGCGACUCACGGAGGGGGUUCGGCGGAGCCGACGCCUGCAACGGAUGCUGUCGCCGAGAGAAAUGCGGGACGGAAGGGGAAGGACGACACUGGAAAGGGGAAGGCGGUCUCUCAGAGGAGCACGCGGGCGAUGUCGGCGGGGAAGGAGAUGUCGGACGAGAACGGGAAGAAGGCGGGAGGGAAUCAGGACAAGAAGGGCGGCAAGGGUAAGUCGGCAAAGACGAAGGAGGAGGAGGAGGACGAGGCGGUCGGCGAGGGAAAGAAGGAGCAUAGACGCAGGGGUCAUGGCAUCCGCCACGACAAGUCGGGCGACGGGCUAGGUUGGGUGGGCGAGAUUAAGGUAAAUGUCGAGAAUCGAUACAUCGGCAAGUCGAGAGACAAGAUGGAGCUGGCCUACGAGCACUCGAUUGCGUACGUCGUCUACGACGGCUACGUGAUCAAGGUGCUCAUGGACGAGCUCACAGUCUUGAAGCCGGGGGAGUUGGAGGAAUGGAAGGGUGUUUGGGAGGAGGUCAAGUUCUUGCCGACCGGGAUGUGGACGGUGAUGUGGGCCAGAGGCUUGUGCCAUCCGAGAGCAAGGUUCGACGAUAUACUCAGCAGGUACCGUGGGUACACGGGUUCGGGUGAUGCGCUUCACGACGUGCUCUUGCCGGCGAUCUGGUUCCCCGUCGUCGAGAACACGAAGGAAGGCAAGGAGGAGACGGAAGCUUUCAUGUCGUCGGCGAUGGCGUUAGCGGCAUCCGCAUGCGCCCUAUGGUGCUUCGUGGAGACGGGGGCGUCGGUGCUCGGUGUUGUGGGCGAAGGGAAGGCGGCGGCGAUGGUUGCAGGUGCGGGGGAGAAGAGGGCCAAGGACUUCAAGAAAGUGAUGCACGAGGUGAUCGACCUAGCACGCAAUAGGGAGGCACCCGCAGGGGAGGUUGCACACAAUGUCGCACCGCCGCUGCAACGUCAGGCUGUGGACAAAGCCUUCAAGGAAGGGGUUGUGGGAGUCGAGGCCGACAUAAUCGCUAGAGCGACGGUCGAGACCUUGGCGUUCUGGGGAAUGUGCCCCGUCGUUGGGCCCAAACUUAAAGAGCACGGCAUCGAUGUGCCGUGUGACACGCAGAUGGAGUACGAUAUGGAGCACAGGGGGAGAAAGGGGGAGAAGGUCAAGCAGGGCAAGGGCAGCAAGAGGAACAAGAGGCAGACGGGCAAGCAGGGCAAGGACAGUACGGAUGCGUAG